AUGGUUAUUAGUUACCUUAUGCCAGCAGAAGAAGAAUCAAUUGGUUACAGUUUUCAUGUUUCUACAACCCAUCACAACUAUUCAAGCUAUCUCAGUCAAAACCAUAGGCUAGAUCCUGCCGUGUCCGAUUUCUUCAGGUUUCAAGUCACAGCAUACGUUCGAGAAUUCCUUUCACCAAAUCUUAUGAGGGGGUCAGAAAUAUUAAGAACCUCGAUACGUAUAAAUUGCAAUGAAUUCUUCAUGCACGACCAAGAUUUCCUUUGGUUAUACCUAAGCGAAUUCUCCUCUCCAUAUUUCAACUCUGAAAACCUUUCCCAAAUGACAAGGGUUCUUAUACCUAAGGUCAAACAAUUGUUCCUUCCUAAUCCUAUUGAUGAUAUUGCGGCAGCUGUUCCCAAUCAUGUCCAAGAGUUCCCUGUGGAUUUGACUAUUAAAGUGGAAGACAUGAGAACGAUUCAAGAGAGAGAACGUGCAGUCAUGGAACAUUUUGAAAGAAUAAUUCAAGAGAGAGAACGUGCAGUCAUGGAAGAGUCUAUGCAAUUUGGUCCUGCAUCUGAUGAAGCUAUUUUGUCUCUUAAAGCAUACUCACUUCCUCGGAAUUGUUGCAUAUGCAUGGAGAGAUUUCAUGAUGAAUUAGAAGAAGGCGGUGACAGUGAUGACGUGAAGAUAUCAACCAUGGUAUGCGGUCAUGUUUUUCACUAUGACUGUAUUGUGAAGUGGCUCCAAACGAGUCGUGCAUGCCCCUUGUGCCGUUAUGCUAUGCCCACUUGA